AUGGCGCAGGUGACUUCGUUGUCGUCAUCGCAAUCGGCUAAUGAAGCCUCGGAAUACGACGCUGAGGCUCAGCAUAGAAAUACACAGAAACAGUCGUCGCAUUGGGAAUUGGUCUAUGAUCAAACUCAUGUUACGCCUGAAGUCUUGCACUGGCCGUACAAAGGCUCGGGGACCGAGCAGGAUCCCUAUAUCGUUGAAUACAUUGAAAAUGAUCGACGGAAUCCCAUGCUCUUUCCGCAGUGGAAGAAAUGGAUGAUCACAAUGCUCGUCGCCUUUGCAACUCUAGCAGUAGCAUUCGUAUCUUCAGCAUACAGCGGCGGCAUCGAAGAAAUCAUUCGGACAUUCCAUAUCAGUAGCGAAGUGGCAACCCUUGGAAUCUCGCUCUUCGUCUUGGGUUUUGCCAUUGGACCUUUGCUAUGGGCUCCCCUCUCCGAGUUAUACGGCCGACAGGUCUUGUUCUUCAGCACAUACGCUAUGCUGACGGCGUUCAAUGCCGGUGCAGCUGGCUCGCAAAAUAUACAGACACUCAUCAUAUUGCGGUUUUUGGCCGGAGCUUUUGGAUCAUCGCCGUUGACGAACGCAGGCGGCGUCAUCGCAGAUAUGUUUCCCGCCUCUCAACGUGGAGUCGCAAUGAGUAUCUUUGCAGCUGCUCCAUUCCUUGGACCAGUAAUCGGGCCUAUCGUCGGAGGCUUCUUAGGGGAGACGGAAGGUUGGAGAUGGGUCGAGGGGUUGAUGGCCAUUUUCACAGGUGCCCUAUGGAUUAUUGGCACCCUCACCAUCCCCGAAACGUAUACACCUGUCAUCUUGCGCCGACGUGCGAAAAAGUUGUCGAAAAUGACGGGGAAUGUAUACAAGUCUAAGAUAGAAAUGGAGCACGGCGAAAAAACUAUCGGGCAAGAAUUUAAAACGGCACUUUCGCGACCCUGGAUCCUGCUGUUCAGAGAGCCCAUCGUCAGUCUGCUCAGUAUUUACAUGGCAAUCAUAUACGGGACGUUAUAUAUGAUGUUCGGGGCUAUGCCGAUCGUCUAUCAAGAUGGCCGUGGAUGGAGCGCAGGAAUCGGGGGACUGGCAUUCAUCGGUGUUGCGGUUGGCAUGAUGAUUGCGGUUGGCUACUCGAUGUUUGACAACAAACGAUACGCCCACGUCGCAGCAAAACACGACGGAAACGCGCCUCCUGAGGCUAGACUCCCCCCCGCCCUGGUCGGAAGCGUUGCCCUCCCCAUCGGACUGUUUUGGUUCGCGUGGACCAACUCGCCCAGUAUCCACUGGAGCGUUUCGAUCAUUGGUACCGCGCCAUUUGGCUUCGGCAUGGUGCUGGUUUUCUUGAGCAUUAUGAACUACCUCAUCGAUGCCUACGUAAUCUACGCAGCAUCUGUGCUCGCGGCAAACAGCGUGCUGCGUUCGCUCUUCGGUGCCGCCUUUCCGUUGUUUACUAGCUACAUGUAUCAGAGAUUGGGCAUCCACUGGGCAUCCUCGAUCCCGGCCUUCCUCGCGCUUGCGUGCGUGCCGUUCCCGUUCUUGUUCUACAAGUACGGGGAGUCCAUCCGGCUGAAGUGCAAGUACGCAGCCGAGGCCGCGAAGGCGCUGGCGCAGUUCCGGGGCGUGGCGAACACCCAGGACCAAGAAGGCGAGGAGCGCGAUGGUGCAUCUGGGGCCAAGGCGAAGCCUAAUCUCGAGUCGGAGCUGGAGAGUGGAGAGUCGAGAGAAGCGGUCGAGAAGAAGACGUGA